AUUUCAGGUUCACAUGACAGGAAACUACCUUGCCAUAUAUUGAGAAUUGCUACUCCGUACUUAUUCGAGACAUGAUGUAUUAAACAAUGCCGACAUACGAAUACGGAAAUGAUACGCAGCUCUCCUACCCGAUACGUUUAGCGCAUUUCAGUACCUCAUCCCAUAUAUAAGCAGGAAGCACAUCAUUCUUUCUACUCUCGUCAAACCUUCUGAAUAUGUUGAUGCCGCUGGCGUAACGCUCCAGGAUGACACCAUGUGGAAGCUAUCACUCUCAAUAAGCUGUCUACAUUCGGUCUUCACUGUCGGCUAUGUCUUUGGAUAGUCGCAAGAUUACACCCCUGCCGCCAGAAGUGGUAGCAAAGCUCAAAUCUUCCACAUCCAUCACGCAUCUAAACGGGGUAAUUGCUGAACUCGUGAAAAAUGCGCUGGACGCAAAUGCAAACACGGUUUCUGUGACUGUUGACUUUCGACGCGGGGGUUGUAGGGUCGAUGAUAAUGGUGAUGGAAUUCUACCAACGGAGUUCGAGCCAAGUGGGGGAUUAGGGAAGGCGCACCAUACGUCAAAAUACCACACUAGUAACGAUGUAUAUGGUCGAAAGGGAUUGUUUCUAGCCUCAUUAUCUUCACUCUCACUGCUGACCAUCACGUCGCACCAUGCUCGCCAUUCCAGCACAAACACCAUCAUGUUCCAUCAUUCGACACCGGUAGCCCGGCUGACCCCAGCUCCAGUCCAACAGGAGUUGAAGCUCAGCAACCAUGGGACUAGCGUUACGGUCAAUGAUUUAUUUGGGAAUAUGCCUGUCCGAGUGAAAAAUCGAGCCUUGGCACUGCAAAAGCACGACGAAUUGGACCGUCAAUGGGAUGAGCUGCGGCAGCUUUUGGUCUCGCUAAUGCUGGCAAACGAAAACCUGUUAAAAUUGAUAGUCACAGACGCUGCUAAAGAUAGGAAGCUCACUGUCCGUUCCCAUUCUCAGAUUCACCGAACCGGCGAUAAAUUGGACCUUCAGCGCAUAGGAUCGAUCCUCGCACAAACAGGGCUCAUUACUUCUCAAAACAAUGGCAAUUGGAACGCCAUGUCAGCCAGUGUACCUGGCUUCUCAGUUCGUGCAGCUAUAUCUCUUGUGCCGAGUCCUACAAAGAAAGUCCAAUUUAUCUCUGUAGGGAUGGACCCUGUCUUUCCCCGAAGCAGUGUCAGUUUUUUAUAUACCGAAGUAAACCGCUUGUUCUCUUUGUCAGAUUUUGGUACUACGAGGACCCCAUCCAUGCCGACCUUUGGUACAGGCCCAGCAGAACAUCCUAACCGUAACGACAGUCCAAAUGCAAAGCCUACAACCAAACCUGUCAACAAGUGGCCAAUGUUCUAUAUACGCAUAGACACUAACGAGCCCCGUAUAAUUAAUAAUGAGGACCAUGAAUUGCCCGAAUCGGACAAAUCUGUUCAACGUAUCAUAGAUGUACUUGCCGCAAUGAUCCAGGAAUUCUUGAAGCAGCAUGAUUUACGCCCACGCCCUGUGAAAAGGAGUCGUAAGACGACACGGAAAGAGGCAAUCGGUGGGGCUGGAAACAGAUUUGAUCGACCUCCGAGUCAUUCAGAAAAAUAUUCCAAUGUCGAGGAAACGUUGAGCUCUCAAUUGAAGCUACCAAACUUCCAAAAAUCUACACCAAAUGUCCGUCAAAGCUUUGGGGAGUGGUCAAGGAUUAAAAGUUCCCAGGAGUCUUUCAAUGCAAGUUCUACAAAAGCGGAAAUUCGAACAACUUAUCCAGAGAUUACUCAAGGGGCGAAGCAGCCUUCAGCUCAAGGUGGUCUGUCGAUUGGAUCAGAGCAAGCCAAGCAUAGAAUGCUUGAGGAGUCUCAGCCAUUAUUGAGCGACAAGAAUUCUAGAGCGCUUGAGACUACAGGGAAAACAGGGGACAGUAUGGUCCCUUGGAUCGAUCCCUAUACCAGACAGAGUUAUUUGACCAACUCACAAACUGGCCAUUCAAUUGAUGUUAGAUCACCCACGGAUGCGGUUCGAAGGCCUAAAUCAACAAAAUCACUUCAGACGAUGCGGACGUUGGACAGUACAGCAGGCCCGAGGUCGGGAAAGACAAAGAAUCUGGUGGACACAUGGGAAAACCCUGUCUUUAGCCGGUCAGAGAAACCUUUAAAUGUGAUUGCAGGAUGUGGUACUGGCGUGAAUACGUUUCACGCUGGAGUCAACAAUUGCUCAUCUGGCGUUUGUGGGUUCGAAAAUUUGGGGUUGUCGAAUGUUCGGGGUAAACUGCGAAAGCAAGAUCUCGAAACAGCAGAGAUAAUCGCACAGGUUGACCACAAGUUCAUUCUUGCCAAGAUGAAGUCCACGGCAGUGAAUGGUCUUAGCAGCGAUCCGGGGUCCAUCCUGAUCCUUGUCGAUCAGCAUGCUGCUGAUGAGCGAUGCCGAGUGGAGAGACUUUACGAUGAAUGCUUCACAUCAUCAGUAGAAAGCUCUAGGCAAGUACGAUCAGUUUCAUUGGAACCUAUCAUUUUUGAAAUCCCAGCCACUGAGGCACCAAUUUUUGGACGGUAUACGGAAUACUUUGAGUCGUGGGGUGUCGAUUACACCAUUGAGCAGGGACCAGCAGACGGACCCGCGCACAUUUUGGUUCAUACACUCCCCACGCUCAUUGCCGAGCGUUGUAGGCUCGAGCCAGAUUUGGUUACGAAUCUAAUUCGUGGAGAGAUCUGGAAACGCGAGGAGAACGGGAGGGGGCCUGAAAGUCGAACAUCAUUUUUGGGGCUAGAUAGCACUGACAGACGCUGGAUAGAGCAGCUUGAUAUCUGCCCUCAGGGAACCGUUGAGCUAUUGAACUCAAGGGCCUGUCGAUCAGCUAUCAUGUUCAAUGACGAAUUGACAAUCGAGGAGUGCCAGAGUUUAGUGAGCCAAUUAGCGCGAUGCGUGUUUCCAUUCCAGUGCGCGCAUGGACGGCCAUCAAUAACACCCAUACUCGACAUGACGAAUUGGUUGGCUUGGGUUGAGCCAGAGGCUGAAUAUAUGAACGAAGCAGGGGAGCCUUCCGAAUUUGCUGAGGCCUUCAGAACUUGGAGGGACAAUUUUGCGCAUCGCUAAACUUUACCCAUAUCAAAUAGCAGUCAUGCAACGUUCCAAACGGAUAUUUCAGUGAGAAGAGGGAGCCUCCAUUUUUCAAACAAACAAACCACAAGGCUUGAUGAGCUACGGACGCCUGGAUGAUCAGUGAAACUCGCCCUCAAGCAGUUGAUAUUCAAACUUAGCAGAUGGGUCAUCAGAUAACUGACUACUAGCGUUUGUCCUAUCCGGUAGGCUGAAGCGUUUGCAAUAUUGCCAGACAGAGCACUGCCCGGUGUUCACCUUACUUCCUUCCUAAGAUGUUAGUCAUUAGCUUCUCUCACAGGGUCUUGUGAGUACUUCUAUGAAGAGAGGGUAGAGAUGGAAAGAAGGUAGUCAGUCAAG